AUGCUUCAGAAUGGUGUGCUUUCUGCUUUGCCGUUUGUCAUUCAGUUAUUUGCGAAACUGGCAUUUGCGAGUGUUGCGGACAGAGCUAAAGAAGCAGGCUUUUCGCCCACGCAGGUCACCAAAGUGUGUAAUUUAUGUGCAUCACUGGGUGGCGCAUGCUGUUUUGCUGCAUUGAUAUUUGUUGAUUGCAACCAUCAGAACAAGGCGGUAUUAUUCAUUUGUUUGGGAAUGGGCAUUCUCUCUGGCUAUGUGCCUGGAUAUAAUACCAGCAUUGUCUGUCUCGCUCCAAAAUAUACAUCGUCGGUGGCUUCAUUCUGUAGGCUGUGGGGAACGAUUGGUUCGGUAGCUUCACCUUACAUUAUUGGAGUAAUCGCCGUAAAAAGCGUUGUGUCGGAAUGGAGUAUGGUGUUUUUGGUAAUGAUAACCGUGCUCGUAACAACGGGUAUAUUUUUCCAGCUCUGUGGUACAGAUUUCAUCUGUUUUAAGAAAUCUGCCGGUUGA